AUGGACAUCACCACCCACAUGGACAAAGAAGCGGUCACCACUAGAACUGGAUCAGGGGAAUUCUCCAGCUCAAGUCCUGCGUUGAGUGAGACUGAGAACACAACACCGUCAGUAUACACAGAAGAUGGAACCGUUGACUUCAGGGGAAACCCUGCAGUUAGAGCCACCACAGGGGGAAGGAAAACCGCCGCCAUACUGCUUGUGAGCUACGCGCUUAUGAACUUAGCAUUCUAUGGGGUGGCUGUGGACCUGGUUGUUUUCAUGCGAAGGGUGCUCCAUCAAGAGAAUGCCACAGCUGCCAGCUUCAUCAGUAUGUGGACCGGCACGGUCUACAUCUUCUCUCUGUUUGGUGCUUUCCUCAGCGACGCCUACAUGGGCCGUUACCUCACCUGCGUCAUGUUUCAGAUCAUCUUUCUCAUCGGGCUGGUACUGCUAUCGUUUUCCUCGUUAUUCUGGUUGGUGGAGCCCUCAAGAUGUGGCGACAACCAACGGCAGAGGCCAUGCCAGCCGCCAUCGCAGCUCGGCGUUGUGAUGUUCUAUAUCUCAACAUUCACGACUGCAUUUGGGAUCGGCGGGUAUCAGCCAUCGGUAGCGACGUUGGGAGCGGACCAGUUUGAUGACUCGAACACCAUGGAGCGACGCUCCAAACUCGCCUUCUUCAGCUACUUCUACCUGGCGCUCAACAUCGGCUCCCUCUUCUCCGACUCCUUCUUGGCGUUCUACGAGGACAAGGGCAUGUGGGUCAUGGGCUUCUGGGUCUCCACCGUCGCUGUCGCGCUCGGGCUUCUGCUCUUUCUGCUUGGCACACCGUACUACCGCCAUUGCAAACCAUCUGGCAACCCGCUGACACGCAUGGCGCAGGUGUUCGUCGCUGCGUUCUGCAAGCGCCACUUGCAGCCACCACCUGGCGAGGACCUCCAUGAGGUUGAAGGUGAGGAUUCAGAGACUCAGGCGGGCAUCCGCAAACUCCUUCACAGCGAUCAACUCAGGUGUCUUGAUAAGGCGGCCAUAGUUACCGAGGAGGACUACCACGCUGGUAAAGCCAAGAACCCGUGGAGGUUGUGCACCGUGACGCAAGUGGAGGAGGUGAAGUGCAUCCUGAGCUUGAUCCCCAUAUGGAUGUGCACCAUCAUCUUCUCGGUGGAGUUCACACAAAUGGCGUCCACAUUCGUGGAGCAAGGCACAGCCAUGGACACCAACCUCUUUGGCAAUUUCCACAUGCCUGCAGCAAGCAUGUCGAUGUUUGACAUCACCAGCGUGAUCCUCUCCGUCUUUGCCUACAACUUCUUCUUUGUGCCCAUGGCGUCAAGGUUCACAAAGAAUCCCGCCGGAAUCACUGAGCUCCAGCGCAUGGGGACUGGUCUGGUCAUCGCGCUAAUUGGCAUGCUUGCUGCAGCUAUUGUUGAGGUCUACCGACUGCGUCGUGUUGAGGCAAAGGACCAGCCGAGCCCCAUGAGUGUCCUUUGGCAAGCUCCACAAUAUAUGCUCAUUGGUGCUUCAGAAGUCUUCAUGUACAUAGGACAGCUGGAUUUCUUCAACGAGCAGACCCCGGACAGCAUGAAAUGCUUUGGGAGCUCUCUGUGCAUGGCUUCCAUAUCACUAGGGAACUAUGCCAGCAUGCUGAUGGUCAGUGCAGUCACUAGCAUCACCAAUCGGCGAAACAAGAAUGGGUGGAUCACAAAAAAUCUUAAUUAUGGCCACCUUGAACGGUUCUUCCUGCUCCUCGUUGUGCUCUCAGUCAUAGACUUCAUUUUCUUUGCAAUAUUUUCCAUGAUGUACAAGGGUAUUCAGUUUCAGGGGAGAGAGAAAGACAUCUCUCCCAAUUAUAACUAG